CAGUGGAUGUGUUUUCAGGCACGAGAGAGAAAGUUGAGGUAGCAGAAGGAUAUGCAGAGAGACACACAGGAUGUUGGCUAAAUAGUUGAUCUCUGUUAUGACUUAUGAGAGAGAGAGAGAGAGAGUGAAGUGGUGGGCCCCAUGUGGAAAAAUAUAAUGUGUGUUGCUCGUGUAGUAAAAGGGCAAACGAGGUGAGGAGCCAGAUGUUUUUCUUGUGAAGUGAGAUGUGUGUGUCAUGAUUAAUUCAUGAUAAAGAAAGAGAAUGGGUCUAUAAAAUGAGAAGAGGUGCUGUGCUGCCUGAAAAUAAAAAGAGAAGAAACCAGAUUCAAUAGACUAUACACAUAUACACCAACAGGGAAGAAGGAGAAGAAGUGAGGCUCUGCAACUACUAAAGCUCAAGAGAGACCAUAGAACUACUCCUCAAUAACAAUAACUCGAUGAGUGACAUAGUGGAGGUGAAUGCCACAAAUUUGAAGGGUUUUACAGCCAUGGAUGUGGUGGAUAUAGUCAUAGAAAGUCCCCAGGAUCUCCACCUAAAAGAAACGUUUCAACGUGCUGGGCCACUUCGUGCUCAACAUGCUAACACUAUCUCCACAGCUUCUCUUCAACAGGUUGCAAAAAUUGAACAAGCCAAGAAUGUACUUCAACCAAAAUCUUCCAACGAUUUGCUCAACGAAUUGAAGUUUAAAAAGGAAAGAGAUUCACCCCAUGUCGUGGUGGCUGCUCUGAUUGCCACGGUCACAUUUAAAGCAGGCGUGAACCCUCCAGAUAGCAUCCUGAAAGGGAAUCCACACCCCUUUGAUUUGGAAACUAAUGCUAUAGCAUUUUCUUUUGUGUUUGCAAACGCCAUGGGGCUUACUGCUUCGCUCAGUAUCAUAACUCAUCUCACUAUUGGAUUUCCAUUCCGAAGGGAGCUUUUGAUUUCUAUGGUUUCGAUGGUGUUUGCCUAUGGAUUUGCAAUUGCCAGUAUCACGAAAGGAGGCUUUCCUUAUACCCUUUUGGUAGCUGCCUUCAUUAUAACUUUCUUCCAGAGGUGGGUGAUUAUAUGGGGAAGAAAAAUUUGGAAGGGUGGAGACAAACUUCCGGUGACCAGUAACGAUGAUGGUGGAUCUGGAACCAACUGUUAAAAAAUAAACUUUUUUUAGAGUUUUAUUAUGUUUUUAAGGUGUGUUAAUAAGGUGUGUUAGUCGGCUAGUGGUAUAUUAAUAUACCAUGUAGUGGAUGAGUGAAUUCUCCUGAUAGUUUUGAAAGUGGGUCUUAAUAUUAUAAAUGUUACUAGAGUUAGUGGGUAUAGUGAUACCGUAAUGUAAUGUUAUAAGUUAUGUUUAAGGUCUAUGUAAAUAAGGUACGUGAUCUAGUAUUAGAGGUAAUUAGUUUACUUAAGUUAGUAUGGGAAGAGUUCAAGAUGUGGUUGUAAUCAACUUUAAUGAAUUA